AUGCUAGCUACUUACUACGAUCUGUCUCGGAAUGGAUUCAAGGCCCCCACGAAGGGUGCGCGGGGAGAGGCAGCGGCAGGCGCGGGUUACGUCACCGCGCUCUCCGGGGCGCCUCGAAUAUUUGACGGCGCCCCUCAAAAAUUAAGCGGUGCGGCUCAAAAAUCGGGCGGCGCGGCUCAAGAAGCGGGCGGCGCGGCUCAAAAAUCGGCCGGCGCGGCUCAAAAAGCGGGCGGCACGGCUCAAAAAUCGGCCGGCGCGGCUCAAAAAUCGGCCGGCGCGGCU